AUGCUACUUUCAAGUCCUAAUUUUCUGCCUCUGCUAAAACUUCUCUUGGCGUUGCUAAUAGGCGUAAAUAAUGCCACCUCGCUGAAACAGAGUGGAGACAACGAGCCAAAGAUAUGGGCGCUCCUCGUGGCCGGUUCGAACGGUUAUUACAACUACCGCCAUCAAGCGGAUAUCUGCCACGCGUACCAAGUGCUGCACAACCAUGGAAUUCCUGACGAGCGUAUUGUUGUCAUGAUGGAAGAUGAUAUCGCCCACAACAACAAGAACCCGACGCCGGGAAUAAUCAUCAAUCACCCGAAAGGCGAAGACGUCUACAAAGGUGUUCCGAAAGAUUACACCGGGGACCUCGUGACACCAGAUAAUUUUCUAGAUAUUCUUCAAGGCAAGAGAGUGAAAGGCGGAAGCGGUAAAGUUAUUGCUAGUGGACAUCACGACCAUAUCUUUAUCAACUUCGCGGACCACGGUGCGCCUGGGUUUCUCGCUUUCCCCAGGGGCCUGCUGUAUGCAACAAAGUUCAAUAAAGUUAUCAAGAAAAUGCACAGAGACAACAAAUUUUCGAAGAUGGUCAUCUACAUCGAAGCCUGCGAGUCUGGAUCUAUGUUUGAAGGUCAGCUACCUGAUAACGUAAAUGUCUACGCUACGACAGCAGCUAGCACUAAUGAGUCUUCGUAUGCCUGCUACUUCGACAUAAAUCGCCACACAUAUCUCGGCGACUGUUACAGCGUCAACUGGAUGGAGGACGCCGACAAGGCAGACUUGCACAGGGAAACAGUCAUUGAACAGUACGAGCUGGUCAAGAGUAGGACUACCAUGAGCCACGUCCAGCAGUAUGGCGACCAGAGUGUUGGGAAGCUGACAUUGAGCAACUUCCUUGGUUAUAAGAAGCUCAAGUCAGUCACUCACGCCAUGGUGCCUCAAAAUCCAGUCCCUAGCCGUGACGUGCCUGUACUUAUUCUUCGCCAGCAGAUGGAGAUGGCCCGCGACAGCACAACAAAAAAUUAUCUCGCUAGAAAACUGCAACAAUUGAUUCGUGACAGAAAUUUUGUUAUGGAAAAGGUUAUCGCUAUUACCAGCUUCGUGUCCCCCGGAAACUCUGAAAACGCAGCUUUACUUCUGAGGGACCGGCGUCAGCUGAGGAACACCAGCUGUUACGAACAGGUGGUGCACCAUUUCAACGAGUAUUGUUUCUCAUUCUCGCUCAACACAUAUGCUCUCACUUACGCUCACGUGUUGGUCAACAUGUGUGAGUCUGGGUACGACGCUGCCAGCAUCAGCCAAGCGAUGGACUGGACGUGCACUCACCCACAGGUAGUUGGCAUUGUUUGAUAUUAAACUGU